AUGCCGGCUUUCUCCUCUUUCAGCGCCGCCAGCUCGGCAGCCAAGCACAUUGAGCUGCGCUCGGACAACGCAUAUGUGCAGCAACUUGUCGACGCCGUCAAUGCCAUACUCGACCGUACCGGGCUGGCUCUGCCGCUGCUCGCACUCACGCUGCUCUUCCUCACCAUCAAAUAUCACAACCGCACGCUCUUCUCCAAGCCACCGCGGAAAGAGCUCUACUACCCACCUGCGCGCCCUCUCAUCGGACACACGCUGUCUGCCAUGAAGAACACCAAUGCCAUUCUCGACUGGUUCCUCGAGAAUGCACGCAAGCAUCCCAUCGGGUUUUCAGUCUCGGUCGCAGGCACCGGCGCUGGUCAGAUGCACAUCGUUCAUCGCCCCGAGUACAUCGAGUACGUACAGAAGACCAACUUUGACAACUUUGAAAAGGGUGUCGAGUUCAAAAAGCGCUUCGCCGACUUGCUCGGCCAAAACGGCAUCUUCAAUUCGGACGGCCAUGUCUGGAAGGCGCAGCGAAAGAUGGCCUCGCACAUCUUCUCCGUCUAUCAAUUCCGCACCUGGGUGCAGACGGUGGUCCACCGCGAGCUUGACAGCGUCGUCGGCAUUCUCGACGGUCUGACACAGGGCAAGUCGCGUAACGACCCUGCCACCUUGUUGCUGCCGGACCUCUUCUUCCGCUACACACUCUCCUCUUUCGGCAAGAUGGCGUUUGGCUCCGAUAUCGACUGUCUUAGUUCCGACCCGGACUGCCUUCAUCACGAGGUCGAGUUCUCGAGCGCUUUUGACUUUGUCCAGAUGGUCAUCGACAAGCGCUUCCGCACGCCCAUGUGGCAGCUUGUCGACCGCUUCUCGUCCGAAGGCAAGAAGAAUGCAAAGAUGGUCAAGAAGAUCAACGACUUUUCACGCACCAUCAUCGACGAGCGUCUUCGCGAGAGGGAGGCCGGCAUUCAGAAGGAGAAGAAGACCUCGGACGGCAAAGAGGGCAAGGACCUGCUCGACCUGUUCAUGGACGUCACCACCGACCGCGACGAUCUCAUCUCGGUGGUGCUCAACUUUAUCAUUGCCGGUCGCGACACCACAGCCCAAGGUCUCUCGUGGCUCUUCUACGAGCUGAUGAAGCAGCCGCAGUAUGUUGAAGAGAUCCGCAAAGAGGUGCGCAGUGUGCUCGCCGAGACAGACGGCAGCAUCCGCAAGCUCGACUACGACGCUGCCAAGGAUCUCGUCUUUACGCAGGCCUGCUUCAACGAAGCCAUCCGUCUGCACCCGCCGGUGCCCAAGAAUGGCAAGCGCGCCAUCAAGGACGACGUGAUUGUGCCCCAGGGUCCCACUGCUGCUGGUUUGCCGCCCAUCAAGAUCUAUGCCGGCGAACUGCUUUCGUGGUCCGACUGGGUCAUUGCGCGCAACCCCGACGUGUGGGGUCCCGACUGCUGCGAAUUCAACCCGUACCGCUUCAUCGAGACCACCAAGGAGGUGGACGGCACCGAGACCCGCAGUCUCAAGAACUACGGCCAGUGGAAGUUCCACGUCUUUAACGGCGGUCCUCGUCUCUGCCUGGGAAUGACGUUGGCCAACUACGAGGCUCUGAGCAUGGUCGCUGCCGUGAUCGACAGGUACGAUUUCGGAUGGGGUACCAAGGCGCAGGGUCAGACGGCGGAUUGGCCGUUGCAAUAUCUGCCCUCGGUGACGCACCCUUCGCAGAUGUAUACCGCCACUGUUGUUCGUCGUGAGCAGUCGUCGUAG